CAAUCCGACUCGUAUAGCAAGCCUAACCAGGCUCGCUGUCUUUCUCACGCGCAGGCACACACACACACACACACACACACACACACACACACACACACACACACACAGGUUCUCCUUCUCUCACAGCACUGUUUCCUCAGGAAGGAGGCCAUUUUGUUACGGACCGGCUCACAACAACAAACUUUUUUUUUUGCUUUGUGUGUGUGUGUGUGGGGGGGGGGGGGAGUGUUUAUCUUCCUUCAACUUUGUUGAGGCUUUGUGUGUGUGUGUGUGAGAGUGUUUUUUUUUUUUUUUCUUCCUUCAGUGGGUUUCCUGCUGAAGCCCGGACUUUCUCCUCCCCUCUCGCAGCAGAGGAAGAGAGGGAGGAGGGAGAGAGAGAGCAAGAGAGAGAGAGAGAGAGAGAGAGGAGGGGAACAGGAGAGGACUGAAGGAGAGAGAGAGAGAGAGAGAGAGAGAACAUCAGAAGCUGAAGAACUUGCCGUGUUCAUCUACGAGGCUUACGUAAUGGGGAAGGUGUGAACAGAGGUCUGCUGGAAGUCUGAACGGAGCGGGGGAUAGAGAAGAAGAGACGGACGGAGGGAGAAAGGACUGCAACACUCUGAGGUGGACAGCCGACCUAAAGAGGAGUGACCUGGGAGAGGCCGUUUGGACUCGCAGUUUGCGUGUGUGCGAGUCACCGACUGAGUGAGCGUGCGUGUGUGUGUGUGUGUGUGUUUAAGGUGAGAGCAAGCGUGCGAGCAGAGGUGUAAGGUGAGAGUGUGAGUGUGUGUGUCCGCUCCCUCACACCCAUCUCUGCUCCUUGCUCCCCUGUCUACACACACUUUCUUUCUUUCUUUCUCUAUUUUUUUCCCUCCCUCUCUCUCUCUUUCCAUCCGUUUCGUUCUCUCGGUCUACCUCGCGGACACUCAGCCGAUAGUGCCCAGUGAUGGCCAACGCUAGCCCGUGCAUGCCUUCGGGGCCCCUGGCCCACCCGGUCUUCUUCCCCCCUGGGGGGCCCUCGCCCCCAGGCUCCGUGGUCAUGCAACACGGGCCCCCCAUGGCCAUGCCUCCGGGGGCCACCGUCUCGGGGUUCCCCCCCUCGCUGGACAUGGGGGUGGCAGUGACCCAGGGCCCCGGUGGAGUGGGCACCCUGUCGCCUGUGCUCCCGGCACCCAUUGGGGUCUCCUUCAUCAUUCAGAUCGGACUGACCCGCGAGUCCGUCUUUCUGCCGCAGACAGCUGACCUGGCCUACGUCAAGCAGAUCGCCUGCUCCAUAGUCGACCAGAAGUUCCCCGAGUGUGGUUUCUAUGGCAUGUAUGAUAAGAUCCUGCUCUUCAAGCACGACACGGGAACCAACAACAUCCUACAGCUGGUCAAGGCAGCUUCGGACAUCCAGGAAGGUGAUCUGGUAGAGGUGGUGCUCUCAGCGGCGGCCACCUUUGAGGACUUCCAGAUCCGUCCCCAUGCGCUGAAUGUGCACUCCUACCGGGCGCCGGCCUUCUGUGACCACUGCGGCGAGAUGCUGUUUGGCCUGGUGCGGCAGGGCCUCAAGUGUGACGGCUGUGGGCUGAACUACCAUAAGCGCUGUGCCUUCAGCAUCCCCAACAACUGCAGUGGGGCGAGGAAGCGGCGCCUGUCGACCACGUCACUGACUAGCAGCCAAUCCAUGCGUCUGACCACCAGUGAGUCCCUGAGCACCGUCAGCACCAGCACCACCUCGGAAGAAACCAAUCUCGUACGCUCACACACACAGAUGCCUCGGACCCCAAGCGAGGCGCGGCGCUUCACCUGCCGGCCGGUGCACCUGGAUAAGAUGCUGAUGAGUAAGGUGAAGGUUCCGCACACCUUCGCUGUACACUCCUACACGCGGCCCACCGUCUGCCAGUACUGCAAGCGCCUGCUGCGCGGACUCUUCAGACAGGGCCUCCAGUGCAAAGACUGUAAAUUCAACUGCCACAAGCGCUGUGCCUAUAAGGUGCCCAACGACUGUCUAGGAGAGACCAUAGACAUCUUGAGUCCCAGUGCGGAUACUGAGGUGCCCAUGGACUACAGCAGUGAGUACGCCGACUCUGAUAAGUCUUCUCUGAUGGACGACUCGGACGAGGCCUGCAGCAUCCCCGGGUCAUUCUCCCCAGACAGCGGACAGGACGGAAGCAGUGGGGACCAGAGUGUGAACAUCCCUCUGAUGAGAGUAGUCCAGUCCAUGAGGCAGACCACACGUCGUUCCAGCACCUCCAUCAAAGAAGGCUGGAUGGUCCACUACAGCAACAAGGACACACUGAGGAAGCGGCACUAUUGGCGCCUGGACUGCAAGUGCAUCAUCCUCUUCCAGAAUGACACCACCAACAAAUACUACAAGGAGAUUCCUCUUUCUGAGAUCCUGGAGCUGAGUCCGGCUGUGGACUUCAGCCUAUUGCCCGCGGGUGCCAGCCCCCACUGCUUCGAGAUCAUCACGGGCACUAUGCGCUACUUCGUGGGCGAGGACCCUAACCCGCCCCUGCCUCCCAACAUGGCCUCUCCCCCUUCCCCCAGCAGUGUUGCACCCAAUAGCGGUGUGGGGCGGGAGGUCGCCAAGGCCUGGGAGAGCGUCAUUCGCCAAGCCCUCAUGCCCAUCAUCUUCCAGGAUGCGCCCCCCACUGAGGGCAACACCCCCCACCGACAAGCCUCUGUGAGCAUCUCUGUCUCCAACAGUCAGAUCCAGGAGAAUGUGGACAUUGGCAUGGUGUACCAGAUUUUUGCAGAUGAGGUGUUAGGCUCUGGACAGUUUGGGGUGGUAUAUGGCGGGAAACACAGGAAAACAGGGCGGGACGUGGCGGUGAAGGUGAUUGACAAGCUGCGCUUCCCCACCAAGCAGGAGUCUCAGCUGAGGAACGAGGUGGCAAUACUGCAGAGUCUGCGCCACCUUGGCAUUGUUAAUCUGGAGUGUAUGUUCGAGACGCCGGAGAAGGUGUUUGUUGUCAUGGAGAAGCUCCACGGCGACAUGCUGGAGAUGAUUCUGUCCAGUGAGAAGGGCAGGCUGCCUGAGAGACUCACCAAGUUCCUUAUCACACAGAUCCUGGCUGCCCUGCGGCAUCUGCACUUUAAGAACAUAGUGCACUGUGACCUGAAGCCUGAGAAUGUGCUGCUAGCCUCCGCUGAACCCUUCCCUCAGGUGAAGCUGUGUGACUUUGGCUUUGCCCGCAUCAUUGGCGAGAAGUCGUUCCGGCGCUCUGUAGUGGGCACACCUGCGUACCUGGCUCCUGAGGUGCUCCUGAACCAGGGUUACAACCGCUCGCUGGACAUGUGGUCAGUGGGGGUCAUCAUGUACGUCAGCCUCAGCGGCACCUUCCCCUUCAACGAGGACGAGGACAUCAACGAUCAGAUCCACAACGCCGCCUUCAUGUACCCCCCCAACCCCUGGAAACAGAUCUCUCCUGAGGCUAUUGACCUCAUCAAUAACCUGCUGCAGGUGAAGAUGAGGAAACGCUACAGUGUGGAUAAAAGCCUUAGCCAUACCUGGCUGCAGGACUACCAGACGUGGCUGGACCUGCGUGAGCUGGAGACGAAACUGCGCGAGCGCUACAUCACCCACGAGAGCGAUGACAGCCGCUGGCAGGCCUUUGCCCGUGACCACACUCUGCCCUACCCUGCCCACCUGGUGCCCCCGCCCACCGCAGAGGAGGACGAGGGCGGAGAGGACGCCGACAUGCAGGGCCUCACCGAGAGGGUCAGCAUCCUGUAGAGAGCAAGAUGGAGUGAAGAGGAGGAGGAGGAGGAAGAGGGGGGGGGGGGUGGCGCCAACAUGCAGGGCCUCACCGAGAGGGUCAGCAUCCUGUAGAGAGCAAGAUGGAGUGAAGAGGAGGAGGAGGAGGAAGAGGAGGAGGAGGAAGAGAGGGGGGGGGGGUGUGGCGCCAACAUGCAGGGCCUCACCGGAAGAGUCAGCAUCCUGUAGAGAUAGAGAAUGAGACGGAGGAGGAGAGGCCCAAGGAUUCAUCAUCAUCAAGCAUUGUUUAUUUAGGGGAAACUGACUGAGCAUUAAGCUCUUUUACAGUAAUGCCCUGAGUUUACAAACAAAAGUCUAACAAAAAACAAGGUGCUGGACGGAGCGGCAUGCUAACCCAGCACACUUAUUUUAAAUAAUUGUUAUAAAUAAUAAUAAUAAUUUAAGGAUAUUAUUAGGGAGGUGGGGGGACAAAAGGUGUAGAGUGAAGGAGGAGGAGAGGCUGAAACAAUGGAGAGAGAGAGUUCCAUUAAAAACAGGUGGAGGAGGCUCACUGAAUGUAAUCGAUUCCUGUAAGGAUGGAGAGAGGAGAUGGAGAGGACAGUGCAUCAGCAUGAGUACAUCAACAUCUUGAGACGAUGGGAGGAGGGGGCGUUUAGAAUGUUGUAGAAUGAGCAUUCUAAAGUAUAUCUUGGCCUGUAGAGUACCGAAGUGUGACGUUCAGUUUUCAUGACGGCAGUGAAACGGCAGUAAACAAACUUUCAAAGUGGCUUCAUAGCAUUGAAUGUAGACAUGUGGGAUGUUUCUACCCCAAUACAUUGAAUAUGACAGAAUUUUUAGUAGAAUCUUAGAUUGUUGAUGGGCACAUUCUAUUAGUAUAAGUAUAUAUACUUUUUUGAUCCCGUGAGGGAAAUUUGGUCUCUGCAUUUAACCCAAUCUGUGAAUUAGUGAAACACACACAGCACACAGUG